AUGAAAUAUGGGAACCCCUGUCCGUUCGUCACCACUCGAGAGCCGCAGAAAGCCCUUCAACGGCCCAGAAACCCGCUGGCUCCCCCAGGAAAGGUGGAAGAGGCGGUGAAGUUUGCUAUCGACGCGGGCUACCGCCUCUUGGACUGCGCCUAUUUCUACCGGAAUGAAAAUGAAAUAGGGAAUGCGGUCCAGCAGAAGAUCAAGGAGGGGGCUGUGAAACGGGAAGACCUCUUCAUUGUCAGUAAGUUGUGGAACACGUUUCACGAGAGGUCCCUGGUUAAGGUAGCAUGCAAGAAGAGCCUCACUGCGCUGCAACUAGACUACCUUGACCUCUACCUGAUGCACUUUCCUAUGGGAUUCAAGGCUGGUGAAGAACUGCAUCCUGUGGAUGACAAGGGUAUGAGUAUCCCCAGCGACACCAAUUUUCUGGACACAUGGGAGGCCAUGGAAGAGCUGGUGGACUGUGGUCUGGUAAAAGCCAUUGGUAUCUCCAACUUUAACCAUGAGCAGAUUGAAAGAAUCUUGAACAAGCCAGGACUAAAAUACAAGCCGGUAAAUAACCAGAUCGAAUGUCACCCCUACCUAACACAGGAAAAGCUGAUCAAGUACUGCCAAUCCAAAGGGAUUGCUGUGACUGCGUACAGCCCUCUUGGCUCUCCUAACCGCCCAUGGGCCAAGCCAGGGGAACCAGCGCUGCUGGAUGAUCCCAAGAUUAAAGAGAUUGCAGUUAGACAUCAUAAAACCCCUGCCCAGGUUCUGAUCCGGUUUCUUAUCCAAAGAGACAUGAUUGUCAUUCCCAAGUCUGACAAACCACAGCGUCUUGAGGAAAACAUCAAGGUGUUUGACUUUGAACUGUCUAAAAAUGAGAUGGACAGCAUCCUCAGCUUUAACAGGAACUGGAGGGCAGUUCCAGCGCUACAAGCUGUCAAUCACAAGGACUACCCAUUCAAAGCAGAAUAUUAA